UAUCCAAAAACUAUCAUUCUCAGGCCACAAACUCUUCCUGUGGCUAAGGUAUUGGGAUAUGCUUUAGUCCCACACAUCAUAACCCUUUUUUUUUUUUAUAUCCAAAGAGAAAGCAAGAAUUUUGUAGCAAAAUAUAUAUUUUCACAAAUCGUAUAAGGGGCCGGGAGAGAUUUAUAAAACACUUUUCAUCUUUGAUCAAUCAGUACUGAAGUUUAGGAAAUGGCAACAACUUUGAUGACUUCUCUCCCACCGCUGAAAAUGGUAGCAGGCCAACCAAUGAAGCGUGCGGGAAGGGGACGUUUAGAUGUUCGGUGUGAUUUCAUUGGCUCUCCCACAAAUUUGAUAAUGGUAUCAACAACAAGCUUGAUGCUAUUUGCUGGAAGGUUUGGAUUGGCUCCAUCUGCAAACAGGAAGGCCACAGCAGGGUUAAAGCUGGAGACAAGGGACUCUGGGCUUCAGACUGGUGACCCAGCUGGUUUUACCCUUGCUGAUACAUUGGCUUGUGGGACUGUGGGCCACAUUAUUGGGGUUGGGGUUGUUCUUGGCCUUAAGAACCUGGGUGCUAUUUGAAAUUUUUAGUUCAAAAAUCUGCUGUUAAUACCACUCUUUCUUCAACUUAAUUUAUGUUCUCUGCUUGACAAUUA